CUCUCUCUCUCUCUCUAAGCCCUUUCCACAAAUCUUUGUGACCCUUUUUUGAGACCUCAAACUUGGUUUGUUCUUGGUUUCAAUCAGAGUCUCAAACUCUCCCUCUUUUCUCAUUCUCUGAAAACAGAGCUUUCUCCUCUGAUUUCUUGUUACCUAACGAUCGAACCCAUUAAUUCAGAGAUUUUUAGUUGUUGAUCAAAACCUUAGUUUUGCUGAAAUGGUGAGUUUGAUUGAAGAAAGAGAUAAGAUGACGAAGAAAAAUGUGGUAGCUUCGAACACCAAAUCGGCCAUCAACAUGGCGAUAACAGUGGCGGCGGCGGCGAACUCGUCGCUGUUCACGACGGCGGCGCAGAAGCCGCCAGUGGCUCCGGGCAGCUUCUUCACCAUUUUACAGAGGAAGCUAAUCCAGAACCUUGAAAUCAAUGGAGCUGCAAGAGUAAACGCCUGGGUUGACUCAAUGAGAGCUUCCUCACCAACCCAUGUCAAAUCCACCACCCCUUCUCUCUCCGAAGACCAAAGUUCGUGGAUUCUUCGUCACCCAUCGGCACUGGAAAUGCUCGAGCAGAUAACAAACGCUUCAAAGGGGAAGCAAAUAGUGAUGUUUCUGGACUACGAUGGCACGCUUUCGCCCAUAGUCGAAGACCCUGAUCGAGCUUACAUGUCCGAUGCGAUGAGAACUACAGCGAGAAAACUUGCUAGAUAUUUUCCCACUGCUAUUGUGAGUGGGAGGUGCAGAGACAAGGUGUAUAGCUUUGUACAAUUAGCAGAGUUGUACUAUGCUGGAAGCCAUGGAAUGGACAUUAAAGGCCCAUCAAAAGGUCCCAAAGACAAGAAUGAUGCUCAAUCUGUUCUCUUCCAACCGGCCAGUGAAUUCCACCAAGGAUCAUCUAGAGUGUUUGAGAUCCGUCCUACAAUUAAAUGGGACAAAGGGAAGGCUCUUGAAUUUUUGUUGGAGUCUCUUGGUUAUGCAAAUUGUACCGAUGUCUUUCCUGUUUAUAUUGGAGAUGAUCGAACGGAUGAGGAUGCAUUUAAGGUUUUAAGAGACAGAGGACAAGGUUUUGGUAUUCUUGUUUCCAAGAUUCCCAAGGACACCAAUGCAUCUUACUGUUUACAGGAGCCAUCUGAGGUCAUGAAUUUUUUGCAACGCUUGGUGCAGUGGAAAAAAAAUGUCUUUACAACGACAAGGGAAAAAAUUAUCUUUACGACGACAGUUUAGGGUGCAGAGACGGAUUGAAGAAAUGAAAGUAUAUCAUUGUUCAAUUGAGAAGUUUGUGAGGGUCGGGUGAAAAUAUGUAACUUCUUGUUGAAAGGAAAAAAAAAAAAAAAAAUAAAAAAAAAAAAAAAAAAAAAAAAAAAAAAAAAAAAAAAAAAAAAAAAAAAAAAAAAAACAAAAAAUAAACAAAAGAAAAUGAAAGUCUUUUCUCUUGGCUUAAACGCUCCGUACAUCUUGUAACUAGCUAUGUACAAGGGGAAAUAUGUAACUUUGCAAGUUGUCUAAAUGCAUAUAAUCUCUUUUUGCCCGUC